AUCGUAAUAAUUUCGCGUAUCCGAUAAAACCGGUUUUGAAUAAAUCUAAAGUGACACGUCCACCCACCCUGUCAAACAUCUACUGGUCCUGUAAAUCUGCAUGACGAUUUUCAUGUUUUAACCAUUAAAAAUGCCUCUGCGUCUGGAUAUCAAGAGGAAGCUGACGGCGCGGUCGGACCGAGUGAAAUGCGUCGACCAGCACCCGUCGGAACCCUGGCUGCUCUGCUCCCUGUAUUCAGGAGACGUUAACAUAUGGAAUUAUGAGACUCACGCUCAAAUUAAGAGAUUUGAGGUAUGUGAUCUCCCGGUGAGAUCAGCAAAGUUUGUUCCCCGGAAGAACUGGGUGAUAACUGGCUCAGAUGACAUGCAGAUACGUGUAUUCAACUACAACACCCUGGAGAGGGUUCACUCAUUUGAAGCACAUUCGGAUUAUGUGCGAUGCAUAGCCGUUCAUCCCACACAACCGUACAUAUUGACUUGCAGUGAUGAUCUCCUAAUCAAAUUGUGGAACUGGGACCGUAAUUGGACAUGUCAGCAAGUAUUCGAAGGGCAUACGCAUUACGUAAUGCAGAUCGUUAUCAACCCGAAGGAUAACAAUACCUUCGCAAGCGCAAGUCUCGACACUACUGUGAAGGUUUGGCAACUUGGUGCUUCUAUAUCGAACUUCACUUUAGAAGGUCACGAGAAAGGCGUCAACUGCGUGGACUAUUAUCAUGGCGGUGACAAGCCCUACCUCAUCAGUGGAGCUGAUGACAGGCUCGUCAAAAUAUGGGAUUACCAAAAUAAGACAUGUGUACAAACAUUGGAAGGUCAUGUUCAGAAUGUAUCAGCAGUAUCAUUCCACCCCGAGCUUCCGAUCCUGCUAACCGGUUCUGAAGACGGCACCCUCAGAAUAUGGCACGCAGGCACCUACAGGCUCAAGUCUUCCCUAAAUUAUGGUUUCGAAAGAGUAUGGACGAUAUCCACCAUGCACGGUUCGAACAACGUCGCUGUAGGGUAUGACGAAGGUACGAUAAUGAUAAAAGUGGGCAGAGAAGAGCCUGCUAUAUCUAUGGACGUGAACGGAGGAAAGAUUAUCUGUGCUAAGCACUCUGAAUUGCAGCAGGUCAACUUGAAGGCUCUCCCUGAAGGCACAGAAAUAAAGGACGGAGAGCGUGUACCAGUCGUUGCUAAAGACAUGGGCUCCUGCGAGAUAUACCCACAAACGAUAGCCCACAAUCCGAACGGUAGAUUCGUGGUGGUGUGCGGUGAUGGUGAGUUCAUCAUAUACACCGCGAUGGCUCUGAGGAACAAGGCGUUCGGGACGGCCCAGGAGUUUGUAUGGGCAUUCGACAGCUCAGAGUAUGCGACUCUAGAGAAUUCAUCUUCAGUUAAAGUCUUCAAGAAUUUCAAGGAGAGAAAAAGCUUCAAGCCCGAGUACGGUGCUGAAGUGUUUUGUUCAGGUAUAUUCGGAGGUUACAUGCUCGGCGUGAAGUCUAUCAGCGGAGUAGCAUUCUCGUUCUACGAUUGGGAACAUUUGGAACUGGUCAGACGUAUUGAGAUUCAGCCUCGUCACGUGUUUUGGUCUGAAAGCGGGAACCUUGUGUGUUUGGCUACCGAUGAAACUUACUUCAUCCUGAAGUACAACGCUGCCGUGGUGACCAGAGCAAGGGAGACUAAUACCGACAUUACUGAGGAUGGAAUUGAAGAUGCGUUUGAGGUAGUUGGUGAAGUCAACGAAACAGUGAAGACAGGCAUAUGGGUCGGAGAUUGCUUCAUAUAUACCAACACACUGAACAGGAUAAACUACUACGUCGGCGGUGAGAUUGUAACGGUUGCGCAUCUCGACCACACUAUGUACAUACUGGGAUACGUUGCUAAGGAGAACAGAUUAUACCUAAACGACAAAGAGUUAAACAUUGUUUCUUAUUCAUUACUACUAUCUGUGCUGGAGUACCAGACAGCAGUGAUGCGGGGCGAUUUUGAGACUGCCGAUCGUGUCCUACCCACAAUUCCUACCGAGCAUCGAACAAGGGUCGCACAUUUCUUAGAAAAGCAGGGAUUCAAACAACAAGCCCUAGCGGUUUCCACGGAGCCGGAUCACCAGUUCGAGCUGGCGUUAGCGUUGGGAGAACUGGAGCGAGCCAAGCAGCUGGCUGAGGAGGCAGGCCUGGCAGAAGGUGUGGCGUCCAGGUCCUCUGCUGCCAGGUGGUCAAGAUUGGGUUCCGCCGCCGCUGCUGCAGCCCAAACUGAACUUACCAAAACUUGUUACCACAAUGCGCACGAUUACAGUGCGUUACUACUCUUUGCCGUUAGCACUGGCGACAAGCCACUGCUACAGGAAGUGGCACGAAUGUCCAGUGAAUCUGGAGACGAUAACAUCGCGUUCGUAGCUCACUUCACACUGAACGACCUGGACCGCUGUCUUGAGCUUCUCAUAUCCAGAAAUAAGCUGCCCGAAGCCGCAUUCUUUGCCAGAUCAUACAUUCCGUCUAAAAUAUGCGAAGUGGUGAAGAUGUGGCGCGAAUCAGUUGGUGCCACGAACAAGAAAUCCGGUCAGUCAUUAGCCGACCCGGUCAACUAUGAGAAUCUGUUUCCGGAAUACAAUGAAUCGUUAGAGCUCGAAUACUUCCAACGCGAAUUCGGUUACGAACAGAGCACCGCCAUGGAGGCCGUCGAGCCGAAUUCAAAGAUCACGAAUACGGAACGAGACAUCGCCGCGGAAUACGCCGAAGCGAAACGACGAGGGCCCCUCAACAUACCGCCGCUACUCAAUCACAAUCAAAUACAAGAUUCUGAAGGGGACAGCAGAGAGGAUGCGACAAAUGGGAACACGACGAGCGAAAGUCAACAGAAACGUAAAAUUUCAAUCGACAUCAUGGAGGAGAUAGAACGGGAAUUCGGUGAAAUCGAAUUCGAAAACCACGUCGAUAACGAUGACCUCUCGGACGUAGAAGACUUAAUCGGCUAAUGUACGGACAUACUUUAGGUUGUAGUUAUUCCUGUUUUAUAUUUUAUUUUUAAUUAAUUAUUAAAACUAUAAAUUGUAAUCUUAAAAGAAGAAAACAAAACAAAAAGCGUAUGUAUUUCAUAAAGUGCUAAUACAGUUUAAGAUUAAAGUAUUAUGUGAAUUGAA